UUUCCCGCUUCCUUCUUCUCCUUUGACAACCCGCCAUUUUGAAACGUUGUUGAUUUUCUGUGAGGAAAGCCAGUAACGUCAAUAUCACCCCCUACCCCUCUUCUGUUAAACGCGGGUCGUGCCCUCCUGAAGCGUUUUGUUUUGUCGCCAUCCGGGGGCCGCCUCCGUCGCUGCUGGGCCCGUUUUCUUAGAAGCGCCCCGAAGUAUCCGAGAAAGAAAGCAGAUAUGUCUUCUGUUUCUGAAAAAGAUGAUUUACUUUCUACUGAACAAAAGGAAAAAAGAGAACCACGAACUGAAAAUAGCGAGGACGAUGAAGAGGAAGAGGAAGAGGAAGAGGAAAAAGAAAAGAGCCUCAUUGUUGAAGGAAAGCGAGAGAAGAAGAAAGUAGAAAGAUUGACAAUGCAGGUGUCAUCAUUACAGAAGGAACCUUUUACAAUUACACCAGGAAAGGGUCAAAAACUUUGUGAAAUUGAAAGAAUACAGUACUUUUUAAGUAAGAAGAAAACUGAUGAACUUCGAAAUUUACACAAACUUCUUUACAACAGGCCAGGCACAGUUACUUCACUGAAAAAGAAUGUAGGACAGUUCAGUGGCUUUCCAUUUGAAAAAGGAAGUGAUCAAUACAAGAAAAAGGAAGAAAUGCUGAAAAAAUACAGAAAUGCAAUGCUAAAAAGCAUAUGUGAAGUUCUUGAUUUGGAAAGAUCAGGAGUUAACAGUGAACUGGUAGCAAGAAUCUUAAAUUUCUUAAUGCAUCCAAAACCUUCAGGCAAGCCAUUGCCAAAAUCCAAGAAAACUCCCAACAAAGGUGGUAAAAAAGAGCGUAGUAGCUCUGGAACAGCACGGAAAGCCAAACGCACCAAAUGUCCUGAAAUCCUAACAGAUGAAUCUAGCAGUGAGGACGAUGAAAAGAAAGGGAAAGAUGUAUCAUCUGAGGAAGAUAAAGAAAGUGAAGAAGAGCGACCUAAAAAAUCAACAAAGAAAGAAAAACCCAAACAAAAAGUAGCUUCAAAAAGCAAAAAGGGUUCAAGAAAUGCUUAUGUCAAGAAAGCAGAUAGCAGUACAACCAAGAAGAGUCAGAACUCUUCCAAAAAAGAAAGUGAAUCUGAGAAUAGUUCAGAUGAUGAGCCUUUAAUUAAAAAAUUGAAAAAGCCACCUACAGAUGAAGAAUUGAAAGAAACCGUGAAAAAAUUACUUGCUGAUGCAAAUUUGGAGGAAGUUACCAUGAAACAAAUUUGUAAAGAGGUAUAUAAAAGCUAUCCCAGUUAUGACUUAUCUGACAGAAAAGAAUUCAUCAAAAAGACAGUGAAAGAGGUAAAUACUUGA